AUGGAUUCUUCAGAUGUUUUAUUGCUUAAAAACGAGAAUAUCAUUUGGAACUAUAUUUUUAAGUAAGGUGAACAACCUCAUUUUCAAAUUGACUUUUAAUUUUUCAGCACUAUUGUUUUAAAUGAGAAGCAAAAUGUCGUUAAUAUUGCGUUUUUUGCUCAAUUUUUAAAAUCGAAUAUUUUGCCUGAUAGUGAACCAGAUGAGCAUCGAAAUUCGUGGAUUGGAUUUGUUCUUUCACAGCCUGGCGAAACGUAUUCCCCACAGGCAUAA